CAGGAAGUACUUGUGUUUGCUCAGGGGAACUAGCUUUGGCUAGCACGGAAGAGUGGAAGUGGCGUGACAGUGAAGUUUGUCUCCGUAACAUUUAUGGGUUUAGCCGCUGUUCGUGUCUGUUAGACACAUGCCAGGUGACGCCGUGUGCUCUGUGUCUGACAGGAGAGGGGGAGAAACCGUGUGCCAUGAAAAUGACUUUCUUACCGGUGUCUGACAGGCAAUGAUAGGCUUGUCAUGCUAUGCAGGGGUUAUGGAAAGUUUAAUGAAUCCUGCAGAAGAGCACCAAGCCUCCUCUCCCCAGACCAACUCGUGGUCCAAAAUCCAGGAGCCGAGCAAGAAUCAAAAUCCAAAAGGUGGAUUUGUUUUAGUGCAUGCGGGUGCAGGAUACCACUCUGAAUCUAAGGCCAAGGAAUACAAGCAUGUGUGCAAAAGAGCCUGCCAGCGGGCUGUGGACCAGCUCAAAGCCGGGGCGCUCGCUGUGGAAGCAGUGGCUGCAGCGUUGGUUGAACUUGAGGACUCUCCUUUCACGAACGCUGGUAUGGGCUCCAACCUUAAUUUGUCAGGAGAAAUUGAGUGUGAUGCAAGCAUCAUGGAUGGAAAGUCGCUGCAUUUUGGUGCCGUGGGAGCUAUUAGUGGCAUUAAGAACCCGGUGUUAGUUGCGAACCGUCUACUGAGUGAAGCACAGAAAGGAAAGCUGUCCGCUGGCAGAAUACCGCCCUGCUUUUUAGUGGGACGGGGAGCACAUGACUGGGCAGUCAGCCACGGGAUACCGCCGUGCCCUUCCGAGAAAAUGGCCACCAAGUUCAGUCUAUCUGCAUACAAGAGGAACAAGCGAAAAAUGGAGCUGGCAGAGAAAAUGGACACAGGACAUAAUCAGACAAAGAAAAGAAGACAAUCAAGUGAAAAUGAAAAUGGCUCAGGGUGCCUCGACACGGUCGGAGCUGUUGUGGUGGACCUGGAAGGGAACGUAGCUGCAGCUGUGUCCAGCGGAGGCUUGGCCAUGAAACACCCCGGCAGGGUUGGCCAGGCUUCUCAUUACGGAUGCGGCUGCUGGGCUGAAAACGCCUGUAACAUGAACUCUUACUCUACAGCAGUGAGUACCUCAGGCUGUGGAGAGCAUCUGAUUCGCACCAUGCUGGCGCGGGAAUGCUCUGCUGCCAUGCAGUCCGAAGAUGCCCACCAAGCACUGCUGGAGGCUAUGCAAAACAAGUUCAUCAGCUCACCCUUUCUGACCAGUGAAGAUCGUGUUUUGGGCGGAGUGAUCGUCUUGCGGUGCUGCAGAUGUGUGGAAGCGCAGCCAUCUCAAAAUAUUCAGGGUAUAUUAGUGGAGUUCCUAUGGAGUCACACCACAGAGAGCAUGUGUGUUGGCUACAUGUCUGCCCAAGACAGCAAAGCAAAGACACACAUAUCCAGAUUACCACCUGGGACGGUUCCUGGACAGUCUCUGGCCAUUGAGGGAGGGGUGUGUCGGCUGAUGGGUGUAGUGGAGUGAACAGCAUUCUUCCUCCGUUCCUCCGUCUGGGGCUUCUUCAGCAAUAUUCCAGUACAACCCCCCACCCCCACCCCCACCCCUCCCACACGCGCACACACACACACACACACGCGCAUACACGCACACCUCCCUCACCUCUCCACAGCCUUUGCGAUGCCAGAAGUAAUAAGCUUUUUAACAGGUGUCCAGGACGUAGGGAGGAGUUUUAGCUUCUACUUAGUGCACUUACAGGACUUCCCUUUGCCACUGUUUGCCUCCAGCAUGUACUCUAUGCCAAGUGAUCCCCCCGUACCCACCCCCCCCACCCCAGGCUCUCUCCCUCCAGUGUCACCUGGAUUAGACUUGAUGCACCAUUGCCUUGAUGCACAGUUUUGUCUUCGUUACUCUUUUCCAACCGAAAGUGGCAUCCUUCCUUUUGUAUAUAAGCUCGUUUAGGGUAACAGGGUGGAUGUUCGAUGUUAUUUUCUAUUACUGAGAAGAUGCGACUAUUUUCAAACUUUUAGGAAUUUCAGGACCUUAUUUUGUCCUUAAAAUACUUUAUGAUUUCAACAAAAAAAAAAAAAGAUGUCAGAGUGCACCUUGUGGUUUGCCUGCCACUCGCGUUUUUUUUUUGUUUUUUUUUUUGGUCAUAAAUGAAGAAUUUAUAGCUGCGAGAGGUGGACAGCGAAGCGUUCAGGCCGACUUCCGCGAUAUUAUCCUCCAUAUUGUACGGCGUAGCAUAACGUGCAUCUUAGCUCUUGAGUUUUAUAACCGUUUCAGCCAUAGGAUGCUUUGCUUUUUGUUCUAAAAUGUGAAUACAUAGCUACUGCAUGUACAAAAAUCUACAGUAAGCCACUGUUUGUGUUUCGAGUGGAUCGAGGAGCAGAGCGAUGCUUACACAGACAUACAUACAUACAUACAUACAUACAUACAGUGCUGAGGUAGGGGCACUAGAUCCUACCGCCAAACACGACUGUUAGUCAUCAUUUAAAAUCGCAGUUUAUAUUUGUAUCGUCCCAUCGACACAGACGUGCGUGUUCUGGCUGAAAAGGUCCAGCUAAAAAAAAAAAAAGCUGAUGUUUGCUCCAAGCCCAUGAAAUGGUGCUGCUGAAAACUGUACUUGAAAGAAAAAGUAAUUGUAAGAAGAAGUCCAGCCCCGAUGAACAACAACAGCAACAACAAUAGAGCUUGUUUAUUGUUUACUUGAAAAUGCAACUAAUAUAAUAUUGUAUAAGCUAUGGAAAUCAUGCGUACACCGCUCUCUACAGCGCUCACAAAGUUAAUAAAAUCAAAUAUACGUUGA